AUGUCGACCACAAAGGCCUCAGUUGUAGAGGAGGAAUCCCACGUCGACCCGGCACCAGUUAAGAGGGGCUUCGGUGCUCGCCUCGCUGCCCAUUUCAAGAAAUGGUGGUGGGUACACUUGAUUAUAUUCAUCGCUUGUUUCCUAAUCAUCCUAUUGCCGGUUGUCUACGUCGCCUAUCCUAAGAUCGCACAAGAUGGCAUCACCGACUCGACCCUCAAUAUCACAGAGAUGAUCAUCAGCAACCCAACACCUGAAUCCUUCCACCUCGAGCAGAGACAAGUCAUCGGCACGCACAGCGCCUUCCACCCCAAGAUCUACGAAUUUGACUCCGCGGUCUCGCUGGCCGGCGCGGCGGAGCCUUUCGCUCAUGUCGCUGUCCCCUCCGUAAAGUCUAAGGACGGGGCCGAGCUUCACUUCGAGCAGACCGUUGAUCUGUCAGAUGCUUCUGCAUUCAAAGACUAUAACACUGCUGUUAUGUUGAAUGAGGAGGUUUCAAUGAAUAUUUACGGAAGACCCGGUCUGAAGGAAGGUGGUCUGCCCAAGACUACGGUUACUUAUAACAAGACUGUUGUUAUGAAGGGGCUGAACGGACUCAAGGGUUUCGACGUACCCAAGUUCAACAUCAUCUACCCACCGGACAAGAAGACCAAUAUCGGCAUGAACGGCACCGCCAUCAUCCCCAAUCCCUCUGUCAUGACCAUCACAAUGGGCAAUGUAACCAUGAACCUCGAACUAGCCGGCAGACCAGUCGGAACAACCUACCUGAACAACCUAGUCCUCAAGCCCGGUAACAACACCGUACCACUGAUCGGUGAAGUCGACCAAGCAUACAUCAUCUCCCUGCUCCUAUCAAAGAAAAACCCCUACAAAGACGGUAUCAUUCCCUUCGACAUCACUGGCAACUCAAGCGUGUAUGACGGCAAGGAAAUUCCGUACUUCACCAAGGCGCUGGCUGCAAAUACACUGCAUAUCAAGUUGGAUGUUGGUGCUGCGCUUAAGGUUGCCGGUGUUGAUCUU